AUGCCAUCCUCCUUCACGUGGGGCCUCCUCCUGUCGGCAGGUCUGUGCUAUCAGGUUCCCGGCUCUCCACACGCUUCCAAGCCCCAUCUGCAGGCACCCUCCCCCAGCAUAGCCCCCAAACUGGCCAAGUGUGCCUUCGGCUCGCACCAUGAACUGGCUCAUCACUCCAACAACAACAUCAUCUGCUCCCCCGUGAGCGUCGCAAUAGCCUUUUCGAUGCUCUCCCUGGGGACCAACGGUGACACUCACACCCAGAUCCUGCAGGGCCUAGAUUUUAACUUCAAGGAGACACCUGAGGCCAAUAUCUACAAAGGCUUACAGCGUCUCGACAGCCAAUGCCAGCUGACCGCCAGAAGUAUACUAUUCAUCGACAAGAAUUGGAAGCAAGUACAUACGUUUUCGGAGGAUGUCAGGAAGCUGGACCCCUCAGAAGCCUUCUCCGUCCACUUCAGAGACAACAAAGAGGCCAAGAAAUGGAUCAACCAAUAUAUAGAAAAGGAAACCCAAGGGAAAACUGUGGAUUUCAUCAAAGAUCUUGACAAAGACACGGCUCUUGUUCUGGUGAAUUACAUUUUCUUUCAUGGUAGGUUUUACCCCCAGCUUGAGAUGGUGCCCCCGACUCUGUUCUUCUGGCCACUGGUGGCCAGGCUGGGUCCCCAUGCCUGUGGCCAAGGGGCUCCAGACCGAGGAAAUCAUCCAACCCCAGUGACCCCAUCGGCCCCCUCAACCUUCCCGAACAACUUCCACUCAGUCUUCAGCCCGUACAGGCGGACGGUGGCCGCAAACCCAGGCAAGAACAUCAUCUCGUCCCCGCUGAGCUUCUCCACCCCCCCUCGCCUUGCUGGCUCUCCAGGCCAGGCCAGCAGCACGCACCCAGGUCCCAGAGGGUCUGGGCCUGCCCCUCGUCCAGGUCCCAGACAGCAUGGUCACAAGCACUUCAGUUGGCAACUCCUUGCCCCGCUGCGGUCCCUGAAGGCGUGCCAGCCACACAUGGGCAGCAUGCUGUCUGUGGACCAGAGGCAGUACCUGUCACACAGGUUUGUCGACAUCGCCCAGAAUCUGUCCCACACGGAGGUCUUCCUCAUCCCCUUCGGGAACAACCAAGUAGCCAGGGAGUAG